AACUGUUUUUUUUUUAGGAAACUGAAAGUAGAGUGCUAAAAGCAUGGCUGCUGGUAAACCAUUACAUGAUCUAGUCGAAGAUUUAUUUUGUUCAAUUUGUCUGGAUUUGUUUAAAGAAGCUGUAGUGCUGGAAUGUGGACACAGUUUUUGUAAAUCCUGCAUAGAUAAAGCCUGGGACAGUGAGACAAAUCCCUCCUGUCCUGAAUGCAGAGAGGCAUUGCCAUCUAAAAAGUACACAGUGAACAGGCAGUUAUGCAAAGUUGUAGAGAGUAGUCAGAGUUCACGGCAGUAUGAGAAAGAAUUACUAAACCAGGAGCAAAAAAGUCACUACCUGCUUGGGUCGCACGAAUGCAGAGAGCACAAAGAGGCAUUAAAAGUGUUCUGUCAAGACGAUGGAUGUCCUGUAUGUGUUAUCUGUAUGAUAUCAUCUACGCAUAAAGGACACACAUUCCUACCCAUACUGGAAGCAGUCAGCAUGUUUCAGAACAAGCUGAAAAAUACUGUAUCUUCUCUAGAAGUGAAAAUGAAACAUCUCAAAGAGUGUCAAAGCAAGCAGGAACAGAACAUCUCUGGUAUCAAGGAUGAAGCCCAGAGCUUGGAACAGCACAUUACAUCAGAAUUUGCCAAGCUGCAGCAGUAUCUCCAGGACAAGAAGCAACAGCUGAUCCAACAGCUCAAGGAGGAAGCUGCAGGAAUUCUGGAAAAGAUGGCAAAAAAUUUAGAGAAAAUUGAAGAAAUGAAUGAGGCUAUUCAGAAGUAUAAAUCCAACAUUGAAUCAACAUUACAGCAGGAAGACUCUGUACUUUUUCUCAAAGGCAUCACAGAUGAAAUAAAAAGCAUCAUGAAAAGACUAGAAGAGGAAGAGGAAUUAGAUGAAGAGGAAGUGGAAGAAGAAGAGGAAAUGGAAGAGGAAAAUGACCAGGAAGUGAAAGAGGAUGAAGAAGAACAAAUGAAUGAGAGGAAAGGUGUAUUUAAUGCUGAACUGGUUUCUGACAGCCUAAGUCUUGGGGUGUAUAGAGGCCCCCAGCAGUACAGCAUUUGGAAAGAAAUGCUGUCUGUCAUCAGCCCAGGCCUGUCUCAUCUGACUUUGGACCCUAACACAGCACAUCCUGGGCUCACUCUGUCUGAGGAACUUACCAGUGUGAAGCAUGGUGCUGUUAAACUACAGCUGUCUGACAACCCUAAAAGAUAUGAUUCACAUCCCUGUGUGCUGGGAUCACAGGGCUUCACAUCAGGAAAGCAUUACUGGGAAGUGGAGGUGGGGUCCAAGACUGACUGGGAUGUAGGUGUUACUAAAGAGUCCAGCAGCAGGAAGGGGAAGUUUGCAAUGGAUCCAGAGGAUGGAUACUGGGUAAUAUAUCCGUGGAAUAAGACGUACUGGUCUCUGCAUUUGUCAGACCCACUUCUUGGACUGUGUGUGAAAUCACAGAGGAUUGGAGUAUACCUGGACUAUGAGGGAGGUCAGGUGUCAUUUUACAAUGCCAGUAACAUGUCCCACAUCUAUACCUUUACUGAUACUUUCAAAGAGAAACUUUACCCUUUUUUUUGGGUUGGUAAUUCACAACCACUAAACCUAUUUCACCUAAAACUGUAAUGAUGAUUUGCACAUACCAACGUUUAUUGUCAAGGAAACUAUUGAUGUAUCCAAAUGUCUAUAAAAUACAUUUUAGUCACUGUAGAACAAUGUAAAAACAUGCCUGUUUCAAAACUGCUAGAAUAGUGCCAUGUACACAAUAGAAAUAGCAACAGAUAUUAGUGGAUAAUUAAACAGCUGAAUUAAUUUAAUUCAUUGUACUGCACUCUUAAUACACAAGUGUUAUUUACUACAGGGGGGGAAGUGGGUGCUGAAGCAACAUUUUUACAUGACUCUUAAUAGAAAAUUGCAUUCCCUCCAAGUAAAAGGCUGAAUAGUAUAUAUAUAUAUAUAUAUAUAUAUCACUGCAUAUGGAAAUUAUUGCUUCCAAAAGUCAUAUUGUCAAAGUCAUGGCAAUUACUUGAGCCAUACAUAUGGAAAUGUCUGCUUGUGGAAAGAUUUGUGUGUGAAAAGCAUCAUGGGUAAACUUAUAUGAGAGCAUUUACAUGAUGUACAUAAGAAAGGAAAUAACGACCGAUUUCCAGGACAUAUGCAAUCAUAAAUUUCUGCUU